AUGGUAAAAAAGGCUUUCAUCAAAAGUGAAGUUAAGCAUCGCAAAGAUGGAUUAUGUGCGAAAGUUCUUGUAUCCUAUCGAUUGGUAAUUGUGCUUGCCAGUAAUGUUAAACCGACGAUCAUAAAGCUACAAGAAGAGAAUCAAUAUUUGAAACGUGAAGUAGAACAAUUAAAAUAUGUUGUAAGUGUAACUGAGACGACGAUGGCAUCUUUAGUCGAAGCAUUAUCGACCGUUCACUUGUCUAAAGAUGUGACAACAUCACCCCAAACCGAUGUUCAUCAUGAACAGAUUCAACAAUUAUCGCCUCGCGUCUAUGGCAAUGUUCGUAGAGGAGAUGUGAUUGUGAUUUGGUUGGGGAAAAAAGAAUCUUCGUUAAGAAAUGCACUUAUCGAAUAUUUAGUUCCUCGUGAUAUUACUUUAGUUCUUUUAUCUAGCGAAGAACAGCUAUGGUGUUGGUUGAAUACAUAUUCAUCAUUAACAGUUGCUUGUUUAAUUAUUGAGACAAGUACAACAACAACAACAACAACAACAACAACUGAAGAAGUAGUAUGUCGUUGUAGAACAGUUUCUUCAAUUCGAUCGAUGUUGAUUCGUUGUUGUUCACAUGAACUAACUCGUUUACAACGAACAUUCAGAUCGAAUACGAAGGUUGAUGGUAUAUUUAGUGACAACACACGUUUGUUGAUCAAAUUAGUCAUUGAUCUUGCUCUAUUCUCUGAAGAAAUUGGGGAUGAUCAUGCUGAAAAUGAUAAUGAUGAAGUUUAUAUUCGAAGGAACUACGAUCGUGCACUUAGUUUAUGUGCACUCGCGAAAAGUUUAUAG